AAUGUUCACCCUUUCAUUUGGCAUGUUUGACACAUUGCCUACUUUCAUAUUUUAAGGGGCACAAUUUUUUGAAAAAAAAUAAAAUUUUUUCAUAUUUUUUGAUAGUUUUUUGUAGCUAAUCGACAGCGACUGGAAUGAAACUACCGCCUGUUAAAUAUUUAUGUAUCCAUGCUCUACUAAUUUAUGUACAACAACUUGCCUAUUUUUCUCAUUUAAGGGGCAAAAAAUUCAAAAAUAAUUAUUAUUUCACUCGUUUUAAAAAAUUUCUGCCCCUUAAAAUAAAAAAGUAUGCAAUAUGCUCAACAGCGGAAUUGAAGCGCAAGACAUACACACACAUGUACCAAUAGUCGUUCCCACCCGAGCACUCUUUCCUGCCAGCGUAACGCAUCGAAAAAACUGGUGUGGUGAAAUUCACCACCUUGUGGCAUUUAAGGGUUAACUAAUAAAAUUAAUUACCCGGGCAACCCCAAAAUAUGCUCUUAUUCGAGGUGAAAUAUUAAAAUUCCAAUUUAUUACCUAAGUAUUUUAUAUAAUUAUUUGGAGUGAAAUAUUGUCCAAAGUAUUCGAAUACCCGAAGCCAACUUUCAAAGUUAUUUCCUAUCAGCUUAUCAUGAUACCUACAAAUUGAUCGCAUUAAAAAUAAAAAUAAAAAAUACCGACUUUGCAGUUUCACGCAAAUACAAAUUAAAAAUCGAAUGUACAAUUUUUGGACAUUAUUCCCAUUCCAUGGAUCUCUUAAACAAACAAAAUUCCAGUCGAAUGUUUACUCAGUCUUUUUUUAAGUUGUUAAAGAGUCAAAUCAAAAAGUCAAGUAAUGACAUGAAUUUUUCAGAAUGAAAGAACAUGGUAUGCAACAUACACGCCAUCACGACUGGUGUUCUGGAUGGACACUUGUAGUCUCCAUGUCAACUAGUUAAUGUUUUAUCUUCAAAGUUCAAGUUUGAAAUUUUUAAAUUUGAAGACAUGAUUUCGAACUUUGAUCAUAGUUGUUCUUUUUUUUCAAACUAUGUGAACAGAUUUUCUCCAAGUGUAUCCAGUCUUCAGAUACUGUAUGUAUAUAGAUUUAGAGUUUUGCAAUUUUGUAAAAGAAGAAGAAUAAGAAAAAAAUUUGAAUAAAUUAUGAACCCUCACUCACUCCUUCGCCCUCCUUCGUCCUCAGAUGAUGGCACAGAAACAUGGGAUUCUUUAUACCAAACCACAUGGCCGGUGGCAAGAAGAGAAACUCGUAAAAACAAUGUUGAGGAUGAUCAGAGAACCCAAUGCACUUCAUUUUUGAUUUAAAAAACAAAAAAAAAACAUUUCAAAAAUGGUGAUAUUUUAGUUUGACGAAUCUAGAUUUGGUGAGAAAAAUUGUCACUUUCAUGUUAAGAAAUGCAAUUUUCAAAUUUUCAAAAAUUCAUCAAAAUUGAGAAAUCAAUUCAAACGGUUGAAAUUUUGUUUUUCAUUAUAAAAAAGUUCCUAUUCUCGUCUCACAACAAGCGAGAGAAAAUUAAAAUUUACCAAGUUGUUUACAUUCAAAAUUUUGAUUAUUUCAGGAAUUACCUCGAUGUAUUUACUCAUCAAUCUUCUGCUUGUAAUUUCGAGCAGUGUAAUUGCAUUCGAAGACAGAAUUAAAGUAGAAUCAAAUUACAUAUCUGUUAAAUAUGAACACGAAUUGAAAGGAGAAAAAUCAGGAUUCCAUCACUACAUCGACAUCGGAAUAUUCAACCACGUAGUUCCGGCAGAUUGUACAAAGGAUGCAGGUUCAUUCUGCAGACAAUGGGGUGAUUUCGCAAAACUCCAAAUUGCAAAAAAAGAUACGAGUAGCAAAUGUGAACGAUACGAGCUGACUACUAAAUACGAAAAACCAUUACAAGUACGUUUCAAUACAUCGAACGUUUAUUUGUACGGUGGUCCAGAGCAAAAUCUGCAGAGUUGGCCUGCAGACUUCAUCGAAUAUCAUAAAUAUCCCUACGUGACGAAUGAACUAGACAGUCAGGCUGUAUUAGAGCCUUUAUGGUUGGUCACCAAUGGCAUGUAUUUAUACGUCGAUCAAAACACGCCUUUGUUCAUAAGUCAAAACAAAAACGAACGAUAUUUCGACCUGAUUGCCUCCAGAGAGCCUCCUUAUGUAAGGAACAGUGGCGUAACUGAGCUGAAAUACACAUUGUGUAAAUUGGAUAACAUAAAGGAAGCUUAUAAACACGCUGUAGAUAACGUGCUAGGUAAACCGAGUGGCAUACCUGAUGAAAGAAUGGUAAGGUUUCCUAUAUGGUCAACUUGGGCUAAAUACAAGGCUAAAAUAAAUGCCAACACUGUGAUGGAGUAUGCGAACCUGAUCUCUGAAAGUGGAUUACCGAAUAGUCAGUUGGAAAUUGAUGACAAUUGGGAAACAUGUUAUGGCAGUUUGACCCCAAAUACGGACAAAUUCAAAGAUUUAAAGGGCUUAGUUGAAAAGCUGAAAAAAAUGAACUAUCGAGUAACCUUUUGGAUACACCCGUUUGUGAACUUGGAUUGUGAACCGUAUCACACCGAAGGAGUGAUAAAUGGAUAUUUUGUACAAAGCCCGGAUGGUUCAGUUUCAUCGAAGUGGUGGAAUGGACCAGCUAGCGUGAUUGAUUUCACGAAUCCCCAAGCCAAGAAAUGGUGGCACGACAGAUUGGAAAAAUUAAGAAAUGAAGCUGGCGUCGAUUCUUUUAAAUUUGACGCUAUUGAAAGUACUUUUCUUCCUCCGACCCCAUUAUUCCAUAAAAUGGAAGGAAAUCAUCCGGAAACUAAUUUAAAGCAUUAUAUCGAGGCGGCGGCUGAAUUUGGUCCCAUGGUAGAGGUACGAGAUGCGAGGGGCACUCAAAAACUUCCGAUUUUUGUGCGAAUGAUAGAUCGUGAAUCGAACUGGGAUGGACGUUUGGCACUUUCCACCGUGAUACCUACCUUGUUACAAAUGAAUAUUUUGGGAUAUCCUUUCGUGUUGCCUGAUAUGGUUGGAGGUAAUGGUUACAACGAAAUAAUAUCGGAUGAGUUGUUUACUAGAUGGUUGCAAGCUAAUGUCUUCAUGCCAUCGAUACAGUUUUCCUAUUUGCCCUCGGAUUAUGGAGAUUUGGGAAUGCGAAUGGGCAAAAAAUUCGUCGACUUACACGUACAAUAUUCAGAUAAAAUAAUAGAAGCGAUGAAAAAUUCAGUCAAAUAUGGUACUCCAGUUAAUCCUCCUCUGUGGUGGAUUGAUCCUACGGAUCCCGAAACCUAUCUAAUAGAUUCUGAAUUUUUAUUGGGUGAGGACAUCCUUGUGGCUCCUGUCGUAAAACAAGGAGCUCGAAGUCGAGAUAUAUAUUUACCCAAAGGGUAUUGGAAAGAUGAAGUGAGAAAAGAUGCUGAAAUAAUCAAAGGCCCUGUUUGGCUUUACAACUAUCCUGCUGAUAUCGAAGUGUUACCAUAUUUUACCAAAGUAUCGGCUCCUCCUCAUAAGAAAGAUGAUACGGAAAAUAAGAAAAGUCGUGCUGAUGUCACGAUGCCAACAUUGGGAUUGAUUUUUAUAACAUGUAUUUUUUGUCAGUUAUUAAACUUUAGAUCAUAGAGAGGUGAUAUUCUCGUGAAAUAAUCAUUAAAGUUUUCUUUUUUUAUUUUAAAAUUACUGAACAUGUAAGAAUUGUAACCAUCAAAAAUCAAUA